AUGCACCAGGACAGAGGCCAGGAACAGCAGAUUUCAAUUAUCAGCUCUUAUUAUCCUGAACAGGAGAAGCUCAGCAUUCAGAAUCCAGAGCCAAAAAACCACAGCACGAGAAGCACAGUGGAUGCCACAACCAUGGCCAAACUCAUUGUCAUGAGAAGGGCCAAGGUCACGGACAGUGUCCAGGGAAAGGGGUUGAGAGCCUCCAGAGGCGGAGUCCGAGUGGCCAGCCGCCCCGCCCACCCUCCCGCUCCCUCUGCUGCCAUUGGCCCACGCGCCCGCCUCGGCCCGGUCCCCUCCCCAGCCGGCCCCGGCAGGGUCGGCGCAGGCGCUUUGCCGGCCGAGGACGCAGCCGCUGCGGCGCUGGGGAGCGCGUCCAGCACCGCGGAGCUGCGGACAGCGCCCGCCGCCCAAGAGCCGGGACCAUGGCGGAGGGCCAGGCGGGCUGCCCGGCGCCGGAGGCGGCGCGCCCGGAGGCAGGCUGCUGCUCCUCCAGGUAAGGCGGGGCGGCCAGGCGGGGCCGGGGGCCGCGGGUCGGACCGGCUCCCCGUUUGCGGCGCGCCCCUCCCCAGGCCCGGGGGCCUCCUCGCCCGCCUUCCUCCCUCCCUGGCCCCAGCGCCCCCCACCCGCCCCCUCCCGGGCCCGGGGCCACCCCCGAGACGAGCGGUCCCUCUCCCAGACAAUGGAGGCUCUCUCCGCUGGGCGGUGGGAGGUGGGGGCGGGGCCCUGGCCGAGCCUCUGCUCGGCACGCAGGAGGUCGCAGGUUCCAUCCCCGGCAUCUCCCGCUCAAGAGAACAAAUAAACCCAGAACCUUGUCAAAACUGUCUUAAUGUGCCAGAGAUCAGGAAGACAGAGCCAAGCCACAGUGGAGUUUUUUGGGAAAGAAGAUGUCCAGUCCAUCACUGCCCAAUCGAUACUUCUCCCAGCUCAGUGAGAUACCAUCAGCCCUCGUCUAGCCACAUGCACGCGCCGAUCUCCACUCGAUCCAAUGGCCAGGUGCCGUCUGGCUCCCAGGACUCUUUUCAGCCUCACCUGUAUUAUCACUGCAACCAGCAAGAAACCCGAAGCAGCUACGCCUUGCCCCAUCUGCCUGGGGAUGGGGAGAGAGCUACGUUGUGCUCCCAUCGCUCCAGUGGAGAUUCGUCAUCCUCUCCUCAGCAUGAGUCCGCUGAAAGCAGAUGGAAACAGUGGCCACAAGACCAGCAGCAGCUACGGCCGAUUCAACACCAUAUUGUAACAGUCAGACAUGACAAAGCAUUCCGGAUGCCAAAGAGUUUUUCUCAAGUGAUUGCAGAGUGGCCGGUUGCAGUCUUGCUUCUCUGUUUGGUGACAGUGUUGAUUUGUACUUUGGUGGGUCUGUUGGUGGAAAAUUUGCCAGAUUUUUCUGAACCCUUAAUGGGAUUUGAACCACGAGAUACUGAGAUUGGCAGAAAGCUCACAGUCUGGAGGAACGUGAAAGGCCAGACAGGCAAUGGAAAGACUCUGUCACUAUUUCCCUACACUGAUUACAGCUAUGGAGACAUGAACAUGAACAGAGGGCAGAGGUUCAUGCAAGGUGAACGAGAAGCCAGAAUAAGGAGGAUGGUGGAGCCAGACUAUGAAAAGGAAGGUUUCUUUUGUGGUCCUCCAGGGAAGAGUUAUUCUCAACUGGUAUUUAUGUCCACAACUGCUGGGAGCUUAUGGAACUUGCAAGCAAUAAAGUCCAUGUGUCAAAUGGAACAAGACAAGAUCCGUUCUCAUGCUCAGUUUGGGAAUCUCUGCCAACGGUCUGAAUCCAAUGAGUGCUGUCCCAGUUGGUCUCUUGGAAACUAUAUUGCUGUCUUAUACAACCGGUCUUCUUGCUUAGAGAUUACCGAAGCCGAUGUGUCCCAGACCCUCGCCCUCCUUCGUUUUUGUGCUCCUGACUAUCACAAAGGGGUCCUCAUUCCUUCUUGUAUUGGCCCCAAGGCAGAAAGAGAGAAACAUGUGCAGUGUUCCAAAGUCCCAGAGAAAUGCACUCGCUUCCAUGCUGUUUACCAGCUUCUUCAUUUCUUAGUUGACAGAGAUUUUCUCAGCCUGCAGACAGUGGGAUACCAAGUGCCAACCCUGAAAUACAGCCUGCUGUUUUUACCUACCAUGAAGGGAGACUCUAUGAUGGGAAUCUACCUGAACAACCUUGAGUCAUGGGACUUGUUUGAUAAUUACACCUCCAUCACUGGAAUGGAUCUGGGCCUUAAACAGAAAUUAUUCCAGCAUUACCUUUUAGUAGAUACUGUGUAUCCAGUCCUGGCAAUUCUGGCCAUAUUUCUAAGCAUAUUAUUUUAUUUACGCUCAAUCUUUAUUACUUUGAUCAUCUUAAUGAUAGUCUUUGGUACCUUGAUGAUUUCCUAUUUCUUGUACAAGGUGGCCUUCAGAUUUGCCUACUUCCCUUUUGUAAACCUAACUGCAGUUGUCAUUCUCAGUAGUAUUUGUGCCAACCACACCUUUGUCUUCUUUGACCUCUGGAACCUUAGCAAGAGCCAAAACCCAUCUGCUGGGCUGCUGCAGUGGGUAAGUCUAACCAUGCACCACUUUGGCUAUCUCAUGAUGGUUUCUUGCUUGACAACCAGUGCUGCUUUCUACACUAGCUACAUGAGCAACAUCAUUGCCAUCCGCUGCUUUGCCAUCUAUAUGGGCACUUCUGUCUUGGUAACCUUGAUAUUCAUGUUGACAUGGCUUCCUUCAUCGGUUGUGCUGUAUGAACGUUACAUAGCAAGGAACUGCAUUUAUAAACCAGAAGAUUAUUGGGAUAACAGUGGGCAUAAGAGUGUCAUUCUCUCUUUCCAUCACAUCCUCAGGAGACUCCAGAAUACCUGGUGCAAAACCUCCAAGCUAUUAUUUGAAAAAGUGCUUCCUUGUGGGGUCAUAAAAUUUCGUUAUAUCUGGAUCUGCUGGUUUGCUGCCUUGGCGAUAGGUGGGGCUUACAUUUCUUGUCUCAACCCUAGACUGAAACUCCCCACUCUUGAGAUGUCAUCUGUACAGGUGUUUAGGUUGAGUCACCCAUUUGAGAGGUAUGAUGCUGAAUACUGCAAUGAGUUCAUGUUUGAAAGACUGGAACGAGGAGAAGAUCUGCGCAUGCCCAUCACUAUUGUAUGGGGCAUACUUCCUAUAGAUAAUGGGGAACAUUUUAAUCCCAAGAGCAAUGGCACUCUGGUGAUGGAUACAACAUUUACAGUCGACAGUCCUGAAGCACAAAGGUGGCUGUUGGACUUUUGCCAAAAAGUGAAGAAUCAGACUUUCUACUACUCUGACCUAGAGCAAAAGGCCACAGUUUGUUUCAUGGAGGAAUUUCACCGCUGGAUGGACAGCCGCCAAUGCUCUAAGCGGGAUCAUAGCUUCAACCUCUGCUGUAAUCACGUCUUCCCAUAUGAAAGAGAAGUCUUCCUUCAUUGCAUCAAGAUGAUGAUAAUGGAACAAAACAGAGAUGAGGAUGAAACUCAUGACCUAGGUCUCAGAUUUGAUGAACGGGGAAAUCUAGUUGCUUUGGUGCUACAGUUUCAAACUAUUUACCACUACAGCUUCAACUACAGCAAAACCAAACAUUUCUAUGAUGAAAUUGGCCUCUGGGUAGGAGAAGAGAUGAGGACAGCCCCUAUAGGGCUUCGGAACGGCUGGUUCACUAGUAAACUGGAACUUUAUAACCUCCAGCACAGCGUUGAUACCGAGACGAUGGUCGUGGUGGGUUUGUCAAUAGCCGUCUCUUUUGUGGUUCUGUUGCUCACCACUUGGAAUGUCCUUCUUAGCAUCUUCUCCAUUAUAGCGAUCACAGGAACUGUUUUGGUAACUGUUGGGCUUUUGGUCCUUCUGGAAUGGCAGCUCAGUGCUAUGGAGUCCCUCUUUGUUUCGGCAGCAGUGGGUCUUUCCAUAGACUUCACAGUGAACUACUGCAUUUCCUACCACUUGUGUCCUCACUCAGAUCGCCUGAAUCGUGUGGCCUUCUCCCUGAAACAGAUGAGCUGUGCCACCGUCAUAGGGGCCUCUGCUUUGUUUUCUGCCGGUAUCAUCAUGUUGCCUGCCACCGUGCUGGCAUAUAGGAAGCUGGGCAUUUUCCUGAUGAUGAUCAAGUGCGUCAGCUGUGGAUUUGCAAGCUUCUUCUUCCAGUCACUGUGCUGCUUCUUUGGACCAGAGAAAAACUGUGGUCAGAUCCUUUGGCCUUGUGCUCAUGCUCUCAAGGACUAUUCGGACGACCCCAGUUCCAACAGAACAUUUGCCUGUGAUGUAAAUGAGAAUCAGAAACGACUACAAAAACGUCAAGAAUCCAACAGUGCCAAUGAACAGUAUGAGCUCCAGCCACUGGCCAGGAAGCUUAGCGACAGCUUUGAUAACAGCACAUCCACAAGCAAGUUAUCCAACCGGCCAUCUGUCCUGUCUGAUGACCUCCAGCUCCAAGACAGUAGGGACCCUAGAAUGCAAAUCCACCCUUCCUUUGAAAGGGACGGACAGAAGCUAGAGCAGACAGGAGGACACCAUGUAGCUCUCUGUCAAUGUCCUGCCUUGCAAACAUCUUCUCCUUACAAACCUGGCGGUAACUCAGGAACUGAACCAAAAAGUCAUAGAAAUGGGCUGUGCAGAAACUGCAGAUGUCAAAAGUACACCCCAAAGAUGUGGGAUCAUCUUCAGUCAACCAGCACAAUAGACAAUGGACUCCUUAAUAAAUCUCACUGUUCAAGCAACACCGAUCAACAGAAAUCAGAUUAUACCUCAGAAAACAGUGAUCUGCCAGAAGCAGAACUGUACGAACUUCACAGAUGCCUUUAUUCUACUGGCAGCUCUACCAGUGUUCGGAACAUCUCCAGCGAGACCACCCUCAGUGACUUGGAACCAAGCAUAAAACUUGUGGAGUCAGCUAGUUCUUGUCCGAGCCACUUAGACAUCUCCGAUUCUUGCUGUUCGACCCAGAGAGGUCAACUGAACGGAAAGAGAGACACCUUGAAGCUGGAUCUCAGAGAGACUGUCUUUGACACACCUGCAUCGGUGUCUCAGCAAAACAGCUGUCUGAGGAAAACUCGGUUUGGGACAGGGGGAGAGAAUCCAGUUGUUUUGCCUAACAGCAAACCAGAUAUGCCUGAUGUUUGGAUCAAACGCUCUGGUUUGCAAAACCCGGGAUACUGAAGCUGAAACCUGAGACAA